CAAAUGGCGGAUGACGCCGGUGGUAGAGGAGGAUUCCGUGGGGGCUUUGGCCCUGGUGGCCGUGGUCGUGGACGUGGUCGAGGAAGGGGUAGAGGGAGAGGUCGUGGACCACGGGGUGGCAAGGCUGAUGACAAAGAGUGGGUGCCAGUUACCAAGCUUGGCCGGCUUGUCAAAGACAUGAAAAUUAAAUCUCUGGAAGAAAUUUAUCUCUUCUCCCUCCCCAUCAAGGAGUCUGAGAUUAUCGAUUUCUUCUUAGGAUCCUCAUUGAAAGAUGAGGUGCUGAAAAUUAUGCCUGUGCAGAAGCAGACUCGUGCCGGUCAGCGUACCAGGUUUAAGGCCUUUGUUGCAAUUGGAGACUACAAUGGACAUGUUGGUCUUGGUGUCAAAUGCUCCAAGGAGGUUGCCACUGCUAUUCGAGGUGCUAUCAUCCUGGCUAAACUAUCCAUUGUUCCUGUAAGGAGAGGCUACUGGGGUAACAAAAUCGGUAAACCUCAUACUGUACCUUGUAAGGUGACUGGUCGCUGUGGUUCUGUGUUGGUGCGUCUCAUUCCAGCACCACGUGGUACCGGUAUUGUUUCUGCCCCUGUGCCGAAGAAAUUACUGAUGAUGGCUGGUAUUGAUGAUUGCUACACUUCUGCCAGAGGCUGCACAGCUACGUUAGGGAAUUUUGCAAAGGCCACGUUUGAUGCAAUCUCUAAAACGUACAGCUACCUGACUCCAGAUCUCUGGAAGGAGACCGUGUUUACCAAAUCUCCAUACCAGGAAUUUACUGAUCAUCUAGCAAAGACCCACACUAGAGUAUCUGUACAGAGGACUCCAGCUCCUGCUGCAACAACCUAAAAACAAGUUAAAACUAUAAAUAAAGCCUAAAGUUCUUAGUA